GCACAAUAAAAGACUAACACUAACCGUCAAGACCUUCUCAGCGUUCUCGGAUAUUCGCUAGUCUUAAAUCAUGAAAAUGACCGCAGUAGAGAGCGCAAAGGUGCUUAAGGAGGGAGUUCUAGAGAAGCGAAGUGAUAAUCUACUGCAGUUCUGGAGGAGAAAGACAUGCGUCCUCACCACCGACAGUCUCAAUAUUUAUGCCGACACACAGAAAAAGAGCAAGAGCAAAGAGCUCAAGCUGCAGUUCAUUAAGAAAGUGGACUGUGUGGAACGCACCGGCAAGUUCGUCUACUUCACCAUCGUCACCACAGACGAUAAGGAGAUCGACUUCAGGUGCUCGGGAGAGGAUACCUGCUGGAAUGCGGUCAUCACAAUGGCAUUGAUCGACUUCCAGAACCGUGAAGCUAUCCAGCACUUUAAAUCCAGACAGGACGCAGAGAUCUCGGCUCUGGAACAGCACACAGGCUCCAUACGCAUGGCGAGAGCACCGUGAUACUGUCUUCUUCCAUUCACAUUAAAGUACUGGAUAUUAGGAAGAAGAUGGUGAAGAAAGCUUGGACCAAAGUAGUGAUAUUUUCAGCAUGUCUGAGAAGAAAACACCAAGAAGAAAUUGAGUUGGGGCUAUUCAGAAACUCUGACGUUAUUUCAACAGGCCAAACAGACACUCCAGACUGAACUCUUUCGUGAGGGAUAGACUCAUGUUCCCUGGGAUAAUCUGUGUACAUUUACUUAUUUAUUUGCUUCAAGAAAUGUUGUAAGCAAAAAUUUGUGUUGUAUGUAUUUAAGUUAUUUACAUGUCUUGUUUUGCUACAUGUUAAUUUAAAUAAAAAAUGUUCAGCAUUU